AUAACAUUGAAUUAUUCAUUCACUAAUGAUACAUCAAUGAGUACCAUAAAAAUGGAGACACCUGAAUUAAUAUUAAAUAUGAUUUUCCCAAAGAUUUCAAGUUUAAUAAAAGUAUUGCGAUUACGUCAAGUGUCUCGUUUAUGGGGUGAUUUAAUUGAAAAAAUAUUUGAAGAAAAAAAUUUGUGGAAACAGUUGUGUAGUACAAGUGAGAUAAAUCCAUGGGUGUAUAAUAUAACAGAAAUAAUAUUUCAAAAUACAAUGAAAGAUUGGUCACGUCCUUUACUGCCAAAAUCUUGGAAAAAAAUAUUUCUUUUUCAUAAUGAGUGGAAUUUUAAUAUGAAAACAAAGGGUUUGCAAGCAAGAUAUGAUUUGGAAGACAUGGAACAUUUCAGUGAAGAAAUCAGUGCCAUAGACAUGCAUGAUGUUUAUAUUGCCACUUGCCAUGAACAAAUGAAAAUAAUCAUUUCUGAAAGUGGAAUAGUCAGCAAACCAACGCCUAGAAACAUCUUUGUAUUGUCACUUCUCUAUGAAGUAAAAAAAAAAUUAAAAAAAAUUAUCAAGAUAAAAUUCUGGCUUACAUAUUCUAAGCGGCUAAUUUUGGUGGUACAUUUAAUACAUAGGUUGACAAUGAAAUCAACUUUAAAGUAUUUUGAUGUGAUCAAAAAACAAAAAAUAGAAAAUCCAUUCAAAAGUCAGACGAAUAUACAAAAUUUUACAUGUACAAGUAACAGGUUAUUUGUCGCUACGUCUAAAACAAUAUAUGAAUGCAUGUGGAAAGAAAAUAAACUUAAUGUAGGUUAUAUUUUUGAAAUUAAAACUAUCUUGAACAAAAAUGAAAUGCAACAAAUGAAGAUUUUGGAAAUGUGUGCUAAAUUAGAUUUCAAAGUGGACAGGCUGGCUGUAUUGAUUCAAAUUGCUGCAGAUAAAGUCCGAGCUAUUACUCUAAUCAUUCCACGAAAUGAAAAAGAACGUUUUAAAAAACUGGACUGCGAUAGAGAUAUAAUAAUUAAACAUGAUGAUUCCUUACAUUACAUACCAAUGCCUGGAAUUUUAUUUGCCGUUUAUGAUUCAGAAAUGGUGAUCAAUCUAUGGUGGUCCUUAUUGAAUUUACAAGAAGAAGCUAGUGAUCAGAAGGAUAGAAUUGUUCCUUUGAGACUUGCAGAAGUAUCAGAUCUCAAUCGAGAUAGUGAUCAUAGACGUUCUCAAUCUUCAACGUCAUCGUCAUCAUCUGUUGGAGGCUUUAGAGAUAGUACUAAUCCUCUGACAAAUUUUAAAUCAACAUACAGAAUUUUAAGGUCAGGAAGAUUAAAAAUCUCAUCAAUUUUAUUUCUUUGCAACAUUUUGAUUAUAGGUUUAUACACUGGUGAUCUUGAAAUUUACUUUUUGGACAAUAUUAAAACUUUAACAAAAACAGAUUUUUAUGCAAUGCCUAGAAAAGUUAUAAAUAUAUGUGAGGACCCAAUUAUUAGCAUUAAUCUGUUUCGGCAAAAGAAAAAUUUCUUCAAUGUUAUUGUUACAACACCAAAAGCAAUCUACUUUAAAGAAUUUACACCUACUGAAGAUAUGAUGAUGAAUGAUUUAUUUGCUUCUAUACCUUUUUAAUAUGUUAUUUUAAUCUUUAUUAUCUAUAAUAAUGAAAUAUGUCCAUUCAAUAAAAAAAACUAAUCCAUAGAUAAUUAAUGAUGAUUAUUUGCAAAUAGUAUCAGUGAAUAUCAACCUUCAUCCAUACAGUUGGUAAAUUUCUAUUCUUGCAUAAUUUUGUUAAUAUCUAUUUACAUGAUGUCCUAUAAAAUAGAAUAUUUGGCGUAUUACGCCAUAAUAUGCAUGUACAGUAUACUUAAUUAAAUAUCCAAAUCAUUGACGCAGUAAAGUUCCAUGA